AUAUUAUUAUUAUUAUUCAUACAGAGAUUUGCUUCUCUCUCUCACACACACACACAGACAGUCUCUCAGAAUAUUUGUCGAGCGGAUUUGAUUUCAUAAUUUGAUACAUAGUAUAGAAUUAGAAUUUAAAUCGGUUUAGUUUGGUUCGAUGAUGAUGCAAGAUUCGGCAGCUCAACAACCCGGAAUCCCUAUAAUCGUCGUUGGUGAUUCUUCUUCGUCUCUUCAUCCUUCUUCUCAGAUAAUCAGAUUACAAAAGGGUGAUCAUCAGGUUAAAGAAAAGACUACUGAAGAUGUGCCCAGCUCUCAAUCCAGCGGAACCCAUUUGGAUCUUUCUAUACAAAUACCGCCACGACCUAUUCCAUUCGGUAGCGGCCGUAACCCAAAGAGCUCACUGAAGUCCACUAGUUCAUUCAAAACUGGUACUACAUCCUCACCUAGAGGAAUCUUGCGGAAUUUAAGCUUGAAAAAGAAAGUUUCUUCUCAAACCGAUAGCGAGAGAAGCUCCCUCCUAUCUCCCGGGCUCAUGGAAACUGUGCAAAAGCCCACUACUCCCACUUCAACAACGUCGCCUUAUUGGAAAAGAUGCUUGUCACUUCCUAGUAGACAUGCCGCAAAAUUGUCUCCUGUGGUAUCUACACAGGUUUCAGCUGAGAUGCCUGGUGAACCGCCUAAUAAAGAUUAUGUUUGUCCAGCAGUUCCAAGGUCCUUGUCUAUGCCCGGCAGAAACAAAGUGAUUGUGCGAUCCAUCUCUUUCGACGACCACAAAGCCCGUGUUGCCAGUGAAACAAGUGCAGCAGAUCAUAUCUCUCCUGUUCCUCCUGAAGAAACUGAUGAAGAAAUUCCCGAAGAAGAAGCAGUGUGCAGGAUCUGUCUAGACGUGUGCGAAGAAAAUAAUACUUUGAAAAUGGAAUGCAGCUGCAAAGGUGAUCUCAGACUUGUUCAUGAAGCGUGUGCCAUGAAGUGGUUUAGUACAAAGGGAACAAGAACCUGUGACGUUUGUAGACAAGAAGUCCAGAACUUACCAGUUACAUUGGUUCGUGUCCCCACAACUAAUCAACUAAACCACAGGCGUGAUCGCAGUCAACAGAAUAUGCAGUCACAAACCGCUAGUGCUUGGCAAGAGUUUGUGGUGCUAGUACUAAUCAGCACAGUCUGUUACUUCUUCUUCCUCGAGCAAUUACUGAUUCGGGACUUGAACAAGCAAGCUAUCUACAUAGCGGCACCAUUUUCACUUACGUUAGGCCUCUUAGCAUCUGUUUUUGCCAUUGUCCUCGCCAUCAGAGAAUACAUAUGGACAUACGCAGCACUUGAGUUUGCGCUUGUGGGCAUGUUGGUUCAUAUAUUAUAUGCUACAGGAUUCUUGGUUUUGGGAUAGCUGUGUGCCUAAACUCGUUGUACCUUCAUUAUUUUGCUUGGCGUGUACGCAUUGCAGAAAACUCAAGCCCAGUAUGAAAUCUCUUUUUGAGUUUGUAUGUACUAUGGAGAAGAAGUUGUUGGUGAGGAGAUUCAUCUGACCCUGCAGUAACCUGUAAAAUGUAUAUAUGUACACCCUCUUCUUCGAACAUGUUACUGAAGUUUCUUUUUUGUGCCCCCCUAAGUGUGUUUUUAAGAGCACGAUGGAAACUUGUGAAAGAGAUGACGUUUUCUAUCAGAUGAAAAGAGUGUAUGUGAUCCGUUUUUUUCCUUUUCUGGAUUAAAAUGCAAAGGUUAAAAAUAAACAAAA